AUGUCUAAAGUACUCGGUGUUCUCGUUAUCGCGCGCAAUGGGGACCGUGAAGAGUUCUUCCAAGAUCCAAAGACCUACGAACCAUCUCCAACGAGAAGCACUCCACUCGGUGCGGCCGAGUCUUUCCUUCUCGGUUCCUGCCUCCGUUCUCAAUAUCUGUCUCCGUCUUCCUCAUCGCAAAUCUCGGGAAUCAAACACGGUGUCGUCGACACUCACCAGGUGCACUUUUACGCCAAAGCAGGGGGUGAGGGCGCUGCCAUAUUCGAUUCUACAAUGGCCCUACUUCAGGGUCUCUAUCCUCCCAACCCCAACAACAAAAUUACUCUUGCAAACGAGACCACGAUAGUUGCUCCACUUGGAGGAUACCAAUACAUCCCUAUCGAGACAGUCGAGCCUACAAACGACCGGUCGUUGGAGCCUUGGACCGAUUGUCUGGCGUUCCAGCGACACGUCGCAGAUGUAUAUGCUUCACCAGAAUUUAAGGCGGCUGCGAAGUCUGCUCAGCCUUUCUUCCAAUCUAUCAAGGAUUAUGUCUUCGGGCGUCCUACGACGCUCGAGAACGCGGUGAAUAUCUAUGACUACAUGAACACUCAACUUGUUCAUAAUCAGACUUACGCGUACCGUCUCCCACCAACGCUAAUCGACCAAGCUCGGAACUUCGCUAACUACCAUGAGAGUGCGGUCUUUUCGUCCAAAGAACUCGGCGGGAUCGGAAAUUUGGCCGGUCGGACAAUUUUACACUCGAUCAUCGAUUCUUUGGACCGUAUCGCCUUCAACGGCGACCCUCUCAAGUUCCUUCUGAUCGAAACUAGUUAUCAACCUUUCAUUUCCUUGUUCCAAAUGUUGGGACUAACCAAGGAGUAUCCCGAACUCAUUGCAAUCCCCAACUUCGCCUCCGCAUUCGCCUUCGAGAUCCGUCGCGGACCCGGCCCUGAGAUACGCGAUUUCCUGCGAAUCAAGUUCAAGAAUGGGAGCGACGAAGGCUUCCAGACGUACCAUGCCUUUGGGCAUAAAGCUGAUAUUCCUGUUACCGAGUUUGUAUAUAAACUCGAGAACUACGCCAUCACCUCCCAGAAACAAUGGAACGCCGCGUGCAACCUUCCGUAUGACGCUUACGCGACACACAACGGGGUAUACCUCACAUCAGUGUCUGUAACCGUCCAAGCUGCGCUGGCUGCAAUGCUCUUCGUCGGUUUGCUCGCGUUAUCAAAACGCCUGUGGAGGAGGCGCGGUGUUAGAAGUCAUGCUCAUGGGUAUGAGUAUAGACAUGAGCCCGUGACAGCUGACGUGAAGCGUGGUGUUACGCUCUGA